AUGGAGACCUUGGCGGAGUUAAGGGCACAAGUACUCGAACUGCAAAAGGAGAAUGCAAGGUAUAGAGAGGAAAGGUGUGGUUCCGAGGCAAAAGAUACUAGUGACCGAGCUAGUAUCAAUUGUCAACCGAAAUUUCCCGAGGGCAUUACACCUUGUCAGCUGUAUCUAUCGUCACCAACUUAUCGCAUAGUUGGCAAGGGAAAAGUGCACAACACUUCGGGUGAAUUACUUCACCAUAAUCCCCUCCCGGUGGGAUAUAUGAAAGUUUCGGUUGACCUUGUAUUAGAUACGGACGCGCUUCUACCAUUACCUGACGUUGUUUCAGAGACAACGUUGAUGCGAGAUGCAGUCGGAUCCUUUGUUGGAUGGCCGUCAGAUCUAAUUUUCCCAGAUAUUUCAUAUCCUUAUCUCAACAUGAAUAGUGGAAACAAACUUAUUCACGCGAUUGAGGCUUUAAAGGAGGUUAUUGAUAUGGUGGAGUUAUGGUUGAACAAAGUCAAGGAAGCUGAAGCUGUUAGGAAUCAUAUUAUUGUUGUUGAACCGCCUAGUGGAACAUGCUAUAAAAAGAUUCUUUUCAAGAAUCUUAACCCUGAAAAGAUAAGGAAGGUAGAGACUAUUGUGAAGUACCUAAGGAAUCUGGAUGUAACUGAUUUCGAAUCAGAUGAAGACCUUGAGAACUACGAGGACCUUGAGAAUGAAGACCAUGAGAACUGCAUGAAUUCAACUAUGCAUGAAGAUUAA